AUGAGAGCUUCUGCGUUCAGGUUUCCAAAAACUUUUCUAGGGUUUCUACCAUUAUACAUAGCUGUAGAAAUUGUCCUAGGUAUAACUAUAUUAAACAAAUGUAGUGGUGCAUAUGGUAUAUUAGCCAUUUUUACAGGACAUCCAUUGGAUUUCAUGCAAGGGGUAUCAUAUCUAUGGUCUAUAUUUACAUUGAUCGUGUUUGCUCAGGGUCUUUAUGAGAUCCGCAAGCCUACAUUAUUAACAUUUUCCCAAAUAUUUGUGUUUUAUUCAAUUGAUACCGUAUGCACAUGUUUCUUUACACUAUGGUUUACUCGUGUUUGGUUUGGUGUUGAAUCCUCUGAGUCUGCCAAUGCCUCUGAUGCCAAUGUUGCUGGUAGUGGGUAUUCAAAACGUGGUGCAGAUAUCGCAAGUCAAGGUGCCUCUCAAGCAUAUGAAUAUGCUAUUACUAUGUUAAUCACCUGGGUUUCUCUCAUCUUUAGACUUUAUUUCAAUUUCAUUUUAGCAUCAUUUGUUAAAGAAUUAUUAUCAAAUCCAAAAUUCAUGAUCGAUCAAGAUGAUGUCGCACAAGAUCUUAAGAAUAAAAUGUUUUACAAGAGAUGGUGGGUUAAAUUGCAAAAGAAUUCGUACAAAUUAUGUAGACGAUUAUUGGUAUGA